AUGCCUAGCCUCAUUAUCCCCGGCGCCUCGUCCUUUUCCGCCAUGGCCGCCGACGAGGGCCUCUUCCCCUCGUACCUCGUCUCCCCCGACGUCUCGGCUGCGCUGCCCGAGGGUUACAAGCUGCGGCCCCUGCGCCGCUCCGACUACGAUACCGGUUUCCUCGACUGCCUGCGCGUCCUGACCACGGUCGGCGACAUCGCCAAGGACGAGUUUGAGGCCCAAUACGAGCGCAUGGUCAAGCAGGAGGGCUACUACAUCAUCGUCAUCGAGGACGAUGCCGGCGCCGUCGUCGCUACAGGCGCCCUGAUAGUCGAGCGCAAGUUCAUCCACAACCUCGGCGCCGUCGGCCACAUCGAAGACAUUGCCGUGUCCAAGAGCCAGCAGGGCAAGAAGCUCGGGCUGCGCCUCAUCCAGGCCCUCGACUUCGUCGCCGAGCGCAUCGGCUGCUACAAGAGCAUCCUCGACUGCAGCGACGCCAACGAGGGCUUCUACAUCAAGUGCGGCUUCCGCAGGGCCGGCCUGCAGAUGGCGCACUACUACGAGGGCAGCAAAAGUAAGCCUCAAUAG